ACUUUUCUAUUAAAUUGUUAACGAAUACAUAAAAGUUGUUGUCGGACAGAAUAGUAUGAAAGCAAUGUCUCAUCAUUAUGUUGUGACGGCACAUAAGCCAACGGCUGUCACCGCGUGUGUCACCGGUAAUUUCACUUCGCCAACGGAUUUGAAUUUAAUCCUGGCGAAGAAUGUUCGACUAGAAAUUUAUCUGGUCACUCCGGAAGGUUUGAGGCCACUGAAAGAUGUUGGAAUUUAUGGGAAAAUCGCAGUCGUUAAGUUUUUCAGACCACCGAAUGAGAAGAAAGAUCUGUUGUUCCUAUUAACCACACGCUAUAAUGCUAUGAUUCUGGAAUGUAUUGGAGAAGGAGAAGAUAUAGAGAUUAUAACAAAGGCUCAUGGAAAUGUGGCAGACCGUAUUGGCAAAGCUUCUGAAACAGGAAUUAAAGCUGUAAUUGAUCCUAAAGCACGUGUAAUCGGACUUCGAUUGUACGAUGGCCUUUUCAAAAUUAUACCACUUGACAAGGAUAAUCCAGAAUUGAAAGCAUCAUCCAUACGUAUGGAUGAACAGCAAGUGCAAGAUGUAAAUUUUCUUCAUGGAUGUGUUAAUCCUACUUUAAUUCUAAUCCAUCAAGAUAUUAAUGGCAGACAUGUUAAGACACAUGAAAUUUCAUUGAGAGAUAAGGAAUUCGUUAAAAUGCCAUGGCGACAGGACAAUGUAGAACGCGAGGCUAUGAUAGUCAUUCCUAUUCCUUCUCCUAUCUGUGGUGCUAUAAUCAUAGGCCAAGAGAGUAUACUGUACCACAAUGGGACCACAUAUGUUGCUGUUGUGCCUCCAAUCAUUAAACAGAGUACAAUCACAUGCUAUGCUAAGGUUGAUAACCAAGGACUUAGAUAUUUAUUAGGAGAUAUGGCUGGACAUUUAUUCAUGUUGUUCUUAGAACAAGAAAAGAAAACGGACGGUACAGUAGUAGUGAAAGAUUUGAAGGUUGAACUUUUAGGAGAAAUCAGUAUACCGGAAUGUAUUACUUACUUGGACAAUGGUGUAAUAUUUGUUGGCAGCCGUCUUGGCGAUUCGCAAUUAAUCAAAUUAAUCACAAAAGCGGACGAGAACGGUUCGUAUUGUGUACCAAUGGAAACUUUUAUUAACUUGGCACCGAUCGUUGACAUGGCUGUGGUCGAUCUCGAAAGACAAGGUCAAGGACAGAUGGUUACAUGCUCUGGAGCUUUUAAAGAGGGUUCACUUAGGAUCAUCAGAAAUGGGAUUGGUAUCGAAGAACAUGCAAGCAUAGAUUUACCAGGUAUCAAAGGUAUGUGGGCGUUAAAAGUUGGUGGCGGUAAUUUCGACAAUACCUUAGUCCUGUCUUUUGUCGGACAAACUAGAAUCUUAACGUUAAACGGAGAGGAAGUCGAGGAAACAGAUAUCCCAGGCUUUGUUGCCGACGAACAGACUUUCCAUACCGGAAAUGUUACGAAUGAUUUAUUUGUCCAGAUAACACCGAUAUCCGCCAGAUUGAUUUCACACGAAACGAAAACCGUUGUUUCGGAAUGGGAACCGGAUAACAAAAGAACAAUCAGUGUUGUUGCUUGCAAUGGAACACAAGUACUUUGCGCUACUGGUAACGAUUUGUUUUACAUGGAAAUUAUAGACGGACAGAUUGUACCAAAAGGUUUUGCCAGUUUGCAGUACGAGGUAGCUUGUCUAGAUAUCUCUCCAUUGGAUGGUCAUACCGACGCAAAGAUAGCCGCAGUAGGAUUGUGGACAGACAUUUCUGUUCGCAUAUUAACGUUGCCUGCUUUAGAAGAAAUCAAUAAAGAAUUGCUCGGAGGUGAAAUCAUACCCAGAUCUAUUUUAAUGACGUGUUUCGAGGGUAACACGUAUCUUCUCUGUGCCCUUGGUGACGGUAGCAUGUAUUACUUCACCUUACACAAACAGAGUGGUAUACUUUCGGAUAAAAAGAAAGUUACGUUAGGCACACAACCAACGGUUCUAAGGACUUUUAGAUCACUAUCCACCACAAAUGUCUUUGCAUGCUCUGACAGACCGACCGUAAUUUAUUCGUCGAAUCAUAAACUUGUAUUCAGCAAUGUUAACUUAAAGGAAGUAAAUCAUAUGUGCUCAUUAAACGCAGAGUCGUAUCCCGACAGUUUAGCGUUAGCGACCGACAGUACCGUGACAAUAGGAACAAUCGACGAAAUACAAAAGUUGCAUAUUCGAACCGUACCUCUCGGUGAAUCGCCCAGACGAAUUGCUUAUCAAGAAAGCUCCCAAACGUUCGGAGUAAUAACAAUGCGGGUCGAUAUCCAAGAUAGCAGCGGUGUCGGUAUUGUAAGACCUUCUGCGUCUACUCAGGCAGCUUCUACGUCUACACAAGCAACUUCCACAUCUAGCACUAGUCUGAUCGCGUCUCAUAAUAAGCCUACAGGGCAUACAGCUAGUGAAAUCGGCCAAGAAAUUGAGGUACAUAAUUUACUCAUCAUAGACCAGCAUACUUUUGAAGUUUUACAUGCACAUAUGUUAAUGCCCGCCGAGUACGCGUUAUCGUUGAUAUCUACCAAAUUGGGCGAGGAUCCCACAUCCUAUUAUGUGGUUGGGACUGCGCUCAUUAAUCCGGAUGAGACAGAGCCAAAAAUGGGCAGAAUACUUUUGUAUCAUUGGAACGAUGGAAAGCUCAUACAAGUAGCUGAAAAGGAGAUCAAAGGUUCAUGUUAUUCUUUGGUUGAAUUCAAUGGAAAACUUCUUGCCAGUAUUAACAGCACUGUUCGUUUAUUCGAGUGGACCGCGGAAAAAGAGCUUAGGUUGGAGUGCAGCCAUUUCAACAAUAUCAUUGCACUCUACUUGAAAACGAAAGGUGACUUCGUUCUCGUUGGAGAUCUCAUGAGAUCUCUUACGUUACUACAAUAUAAAACGAUGGAAGGUAGCUUUGAAGAAAUAGCAAGGGAUUACAAUCCGAACUGGAUGACUGCUAUUGAAAUUUUAGACGAUGACACUUUCUUGGGUGCUGAAAAUUGCUUUAAUCUGUUUGUCUGUCAGAAGGAUAGUGCCGCGACUUCGGAAGAUGAGAGACAACAAAUGCAGGAGGUUGGACAAUUUCAUUUAGGUGAUAUGGUUAAUGUGUUCCGACAUGGGUCGUUAGUGAUGCAGAACUUGGGUGAAUCAAGUACACCCACACAGGGCUGUGUGUUAUUUGGAACUGUUAGCGGGGCAAUCGGUUUAGUUACACAAAUUCCAUUCACAUUUUAUGAAUUCUUACGAAGCCUCGAGGACAGAUUAACCAGCGCCAUAAAGAGCGUUGGUAAAAUAGAACACAACUUUUGGAGAAGUUUUAAUACCGAAUUGAAAAUAGAACAGUGCGAAGGUUUUAUCGAUGGAGAUUUAAUUGAAAGUUUUCUUGACUUGAGCCCUGAUAAAAUGGCAGAAGUUGCGAUGGGUCUUAUGAUCGACGAUGGUAACGGUAUGAAGAAAGAAGCAACGGUAGAUGAUCUUGUAAAAAUAGUAGAAGACCUUACAAGAAUACAUUAA